AUGCAAUUCUCAAAAGCCUUAUUAGCCUCCACCAUCGCUUCAUUAGCCUCUGCUGCUUACCUUAACUCUACCUUAACUGUCACCAACACUGAGAUUGGUACCACUGUUAUCACUGUCACUUCUUGUGAAAGUGUUACUGUUUGUACCGAAAAACCAGUUACCACCGGUGUCACUGUUGUCACAUCCACUGUUAGAGGAACCGAAACCGUCUACACCACCUACUGUCCAUUGCCAGAAGAAACGGUCACUACCUUCCCAUCAAGACCAACUCCCUCCAGGAAUACUACUGUUCCAGAUAUCGAUGAAAACAUCAACGCUGGUUCCAAAUUAGGUUUAGGCUUAUCUGGUGUCGUUGCUCUUGCUGGUUUAUUGUUUCUUUAA